AUGUCGUCCUUCUCCAAGUCAUCAUCUGAUGACGUGUCAUCCCUUUCCUUGGAUGAUGAUGGGGGCAGCAGCAGCGGAGGAGAGGCAGUGGCUAGUGGCAACAGAGAGCCAUGUGACCCCGCUGUAUGGGUGGACAUGCUCACGGAGAAGGAGUUCCGAGCGGGCUUUGGGUCGCACACGCCUAUUCUCAUCGGGCAGACCAAGGUGGUGCGCUACCAUGCUAACUUCGACCGGGCGUUUGCGAUAAUGAAGGAGGAGAUGCUGCGGUCGGGUGCGGUGCACAACGCUGCCAACAACCGAGUGGCCGUUGACUCACCCGCCCAGAAAUCAGCUGUGGCGGCAGCCAAGGCGUGUGAGGACCUGUACCGGGUGGUGGGGGAGGACUUCUGGAUCGUCACACCCUGCUACAGCAUGGUGGACCCGGGGAAGGUUCUUGAGGGCACACGACUCACCCUUGUGAAGACCCCCACGGGGUUUGACUUUGCCAUCCGCACGCCCGGCACUCCGUCACGCUGGGCAGACUACGAUGCAGAGAUGACGGCCGCGUGGGAGGACUUGUGCACAGUGGUGGGGGAGAAGAUGCAGGGGGGGACAUGGAGGCCACCCCUCGGUCCUUCCAUGGCACGAUUCCAGCGAGCCGUGCUGCGCCUCGCCUACUACUGGUACAACUUCAUGCCGCUGGCACGUGGAACAGCCAUGGUGGGGUAUGUGGUGACGCUGGCUCUCUUCCUCGCGGCCCAGCUGCAAGUCACUGCUGCCAUCCCACCCAAACUGCAGGUGGAUUGGGAGGCCAUUCUCUCAUCACGCUUUGAAACCUUCGCCUCGGCAGUCAUGCCAUGGCUCUCCCCUUCAGUCACGCCCCUCACCGAUCCCACGCUUUCCUCCUUCCCCUCGCUCACCUCCACUCUGCCCACCGUUGCCUCUGCUGUUGCGGCCCUCUCCUCGCCCCCCACAUCCUCCCCUGCACCCUCCGCUGCUCGCUCUUAG